AUGAAAAGAGAGGUAAAAGCAGGAGUCGGCUUUUUGAAGCGGCUUGUCGUGGCACGCGGCAAGAUCGAUGAAGCCAAAGCACAGUUGUUUGCCGAGAAGCUUCAGCAGCUCUUAUGCGCCAAAUUCGAUGGUCACUGGUACCCAGAGUGCCCCACCAAAGGCCAGGCUUUUAGAUGCAUUCGAAUAAAUGAGGGACUACCCAAUGAUGACAUGCUCCUGAAGGCCUGCGAGGAGAGUGAGCUCACACCCAGCGAUCUCUGUCUUCCACCAGAGAUUACUGUGUGGAUUGACCCAAUGGAGGUGUGCGUGAGAUCCAGAGAGAAUGGUUUCCCAUUCUCUAUAGCCUGUUUCAAAGACAAAGAAGAUGACGAGAAAGGACAGGAAGAUUCUUCCAUAGACUCGACAAACCACGACACGUCCGACUACCACUCUGCUACAUCUUCUGAUUGCGGUUCCACCGUGUGCAGUGAUACAGAGGAGGAGGCAAAGGACGGAGAGACGGAAGGGGAGCAAGAAAACAAGGCACUGGUGAAAGAGCAGCCUGUGCAGGACAACAAUGUCGAAAUUACAAUGGUGCCCAGAAUUCGGAAACGUCAUGGAGGCAGAGCAAGAAAAACCAAACACGGUAGAAACGGGGUUCAGGCCAACCUCCACUAUUACUUCCCACCUGUACCAGUCUGGCCCCAUUGCAAGAAUGGUGCCCCAGUGUUCCUCACCACAGUUGCUGCCCCGCCGCCAACACCAUUACCACCCCAUCAGAUGUACAUGCAUUACAUGAUACCGCAGCCUCCUCCACAUUUCAUCAUUCCCCGGACCACUCUGCAGCCAUGUGGGUAUGAACCCCUCAACUGA